UCCGCACCACCACCCUCACCGUGUCGCCCCCUCCUCCUCCUCCUCCUCCUCCUCCUCUCUCGAUCGAUUCGAACCCCUCCAAACCCUCGGAUCCUGCGGUGUUGGGGGGGUAAGAACCUCGAUACUCUCCCCCUCAUCCUUUCCGGCGAGCGUCGGCGGCGGCGGAGGAGCUCCGGCGACCCCCUCCGGGCGGUGGCUCCGCUUCCCGUCGGUCGAUAUACGGUAUUUGAAGGAGACCUUUGAUCAUGGCAGAGUUGGAGAACCUGCUUUUGCAGGCUGCUGGGAGAACUGGCUCGUCAGGGGGACGGAAGCUGUCUCACUCACAGUCAAAAUGGCAUAGACAAGGAUCAUAUUCUGAUGGGAGUGAUUCUAAGGACGACUCAGACGGCCCAAACUCUAGGUACUCAAAGAAAAAACCCUCAGGAUCGCAAGUCCCUCUUAAGAAGCGGCUUGACCAAGAUUAUGAUGAUAAUAAUGAUAGACACAGCGGAGAUGAGUCCGACAGUGCCCCCUCAAUUGGCAGUGAUCUUUACAAGGAUGAAGAUGAUAAGGAGCAGCUUGAGCGGAUGACUGAAUUGGACAGGGAGAUGAUACUAGCAGAACGGAGCACGAGAAUCGACGACUACAAAUUGAAGAAGAUGGCCAGGGCCUCAUCAUCGAAGAUGGAGAAGAAGGGCCGAAAAGAGAGUCCUCCCCCUCUCCCUUCCCGUGGUCGCUCUUCAACUCGGACUGACUCUUCAACUCGGACCGACAAGAGCGCUGCCAAAAGUGCGUUGAACGAACUGCGGGCGAAGCGGAUGAGACAACAAGACCCGGAUGGCUACCGUAGGAGGUUGAAGGAUUUAGCUGGAGAGGGAGUAAUUGGGAGCGUCAGUAAUCGUGAUACUUCACCAAAACGUAAAGCGGGCAGUCCUCCUAGUGACUUAAGCAAUGAAGCUGAAAGUGGAGGAAGAUCGGAUAGUGAGGAUGAGGGGUUUAACAACGACAACAAAAUGGACGAUGAUUUAUUAGAGGACAUUUCACCAUCUAGAAUAGACCCUCUUAAGUUUGAAGAUAUUAGGGACAUCACAAUCCGGCGGUCCAAGCUCGUGAAGUGGUUUAUGGAACCCUUUUUCGAAGAAGUCAUAGUCGGGUGCUUUGUGCGGCUCGGUAUUGGCAAGACCCGUUCUGGGAUUCCCAGAUAUAGGCUGUGCAUGGUUAAGAAUGUUGAUGCGACCGACCCAGAUCGACAGUACAAGCUGGAGAACUACACCACUUGUAAGUGGUUAAAUGUUGUGUGGGAUAAUGAGGCAUCAGCUGCCAGGUGGCAGAUGGCUAUGGUCUCGGAUUCUCCUCCGCUCGAGGAGGAAUUUAAAGAAUGGCUUCAAGAGGUGGAAAAAGCGGGUGGGAGGAUACUGACUCGCCAGGAAGUGCUCGACAAGAAGGAAGCCAUUCAGAAUGUUAACACUUAUGUGUACUCGGCUGCCACAGUGAAGCAGAUGCUUCAAGAGAAGAAGUCUGCUUCACUGCGCCCGAUCAAUGUCGCGGCUGAGAAGGACCGCUUACGGAAGGAGUUGGAAAUCGCACAGAGUCGGAGGGAUGAAGCAGAAGUGGAGAAGAUCCGGGCGAGGCUCAAGGCGUUAGAGCAGAGGAGGCAAACCAAGCAAAAUAAUGAAAAGGCUGUAAAAUUGGCUGAGAUGAACAGAAGGAACCGGGCAGAGAAUUUCAAAAAUGCCUCAGAGUUGAAGCCCGUUAAUACCAGUUUAAAGGCUGGAGAGGCGGGUUACGAUCCUUUCUCAAGAAGGUGGACAAGAUCAAAAAACUAUUAUGUGUCAAAGCCUUCUGCUGCAAAUGAGGAAAGUGGGGGUUCUGCAGUAGGUAAUGGGGAUGUGAAGGUGGGGGAGGCUGGUGUUGCUGCAACAGCUGCUGCUUUAGAAGCAGCUGCUGGUGCGGGGAAACUAGUUGAUACGAACGCACCAGUGGAUAAGGGAACGGAAUCAAACAUGCUGCACGAUUUUGAGCUGCCUAUCUCAUUGGCAGCUCUGCACAAUUUCGGGUCAGGUAUUCAGGGCGUGCAGAAGGGUUUCAUGGCGAGAAAGCAGAAAAUAGAAGCGACGAUUGGGUACAAGGUCUCAGAAAAUGAUGGGAGGAGGCACGCGCUGACAUUGACGGUGAGCGACUACAAGAGACGCAGGGGUCUGCUUUGAAUGGCUCCUGAUAUAACAUCUGGUUUGUAAUCCAUGACUUCAACUUUCAUCUGCCGCUAUAAAUAAUUUUCCUAAAUUCUUGUUUGAAACAACGGAUAGUUAAAAAAUAUUGCUCUCCUUCUAAGUAAGCUCAUGGAUAUGGAUUUGCCUUGUAGAUGUUAUGCUGUUACAGGCUUUGAAAAUCUUGUUUGUCUGCUGAUUAAGUCCAUAGAUGUAUCUUGAAUGAUGGUUCCGUUGGUGCCGUCCCCUAAUUAUGAAGUUGGUAUUAUUCGUUGUAUUCACAUGACUUUUAAAAGUCAGAUGUAUCAAGACAGUGUCUUCAACUUCUCGUCUUGGUCAUCUUACAUUUCCUAUUAUAUUACUUGACUUUGAGGAUGGUACUGAAAGUUCAACGGAUAGUGAAAUAUCUGAGUGUC